CUCUCUGUAGCAUCUAUCAACCUUAGCCAAACCGAGAAACAACCUCGUUUGAUUCAAAGUUUCAUACUUUCUGAAAAUUCUGAGUUUUGUUGUCUAGGAUUCGAAAUACCCACAAGUUGAAAAAUGAAAUUGUAGAAGCAGUUUCGUGAAACAUGAAAGGUUUUGGUCUUCACUCACCCUUGCUUUCUAAGGGAAAGCCUCCUCCUUUGUUGGCAGUGGUGGACGCAUUACCAUUCUGUGCUUGUUCCUCUAAAACCACUAGCUUAACCACAUUCAGAGGCAGACAGAAAUUGAGGCUGCAAUUGGCCCAUGGCAUAAUUCGAGCCCAAGCAUCUAAUGUUGGUGUUGGAUCUGGAGAUCAUGGAAGCAGUAAUGAGAAAGACAGCCAGAAUGUCUUUGAAAGAAAUCCUAUCAAUGACAGUUCACCUAAAAUUGUGAAACCUCCUAAUCGGAUCCCUUAUCCUAUCUCUAUAGCUCUUGUGCUGUUUGGAUGCGCUCUUGUGUUUUCACUAAUAGCCUCUUUGAAAGGGGGACCUACAGCAGUUCUAGAAGCAAUCGCAAAAUCAGGAUUCACUGCUGCAUUUACAUUAAUAUUUGUUUCUGAGAUUGGGGACAAGACAUUCUUUAUUGCUGCACUCUUGGCAAUGCAAUAUAAGAAGGGAUUGGUCUUACUGGGAUCAAUUGGUGCUCUUACACUCAUGUCAAUCCUAUCUGUUGUCAUUGGCCGAAUCUUUCAAUCAGUGCCUGCUCAGUUCCAGACAACCUUGCCAAUUGGAGAAUAUGCGGCCGUUACUCUUCUAUUGUUUUUUGGCCUAAAAUCAAUAAAAGAUGCGUGGGAUCUUCCAUCAGAUGUGGUAAAGAAAGGUGAUAACAGCAGUCCUGAACUUGAUGAACUUGCUGAAGCAGAAGAGCUCGUGAAAGAAAAGGCGUCAACACGGCUUUCAAAUCCACUUGAGAUUAUCUGGAAAUCAUUCAGCCUUGUAUUUUUUGCUGAAUGGGGAGAUCGCUCAAUGCUUGCAACAAUUGCGCUGGCGGCUGCUCAGUCUCCUUGGGGUGUAGCAAGCGGAGCAAUUGCCGGACACCUACUUGCAACAACUAUUGCCAUUCUUGGAGGAGCAUUCCUUGCUAACUACAUAUCUGAAAAACUGGUUGGUUACUUGGGUGGAGGGCUGUUUCUAAUUUUUGCUGUAGCCACCUUUUUUGGGGUUUUCUGAUUGAUUGCAGCCUAGCCCUAGUUCAUUUUUUGUGUGUGCAAUAUAUCACUAAUGGAGAUAAAAAGGAUACAAGCUCAAACGCGGAAUGGAUGCUGAGAAAACAGAGGAAAACUCAUACUUCAACUUUGUUGAUAUCAUUGAGUAGACAUUAGGAGCAAAUUGCUCACAUGGUUAGAGAAUAAGAAGCAUGAAAUCUGCCAUUAGAGUUAAAGGGUAUGAGGAUAAACUUGUGUAGUGCUCUCUCUUGAGACUAGCAGCUCUUGUAAUGCGUGCUUCUUGUAUUUGUAAAACUACAUCAAAUUUAGCCAUUAUUGGAAAAAAGUGCAAGCUUGUUUACUGAACA